GGCCCUCUGCCAGCCCCGGAGCCAAAGGGUGCCAGCCUGAAAAGUAGUUUCGCUUCCUCCUGGCUCGGGGAUCAGUUUCCUGGCACCCCAGCCGAGUCCCGAGCGCUCGGGAAGGAGGCGGCAGGAGGAGGCGGGGGACUCGUCGAGGGGCUUCCCGGCCCUGCAGCGCGGGGUGGAUGGACCGGGUCGCCCCAGGCUGCGGCGCCAACUCCCUGCCACAGCUCCUGGCCUUCGCCCUGGGUCUAUUGAUCCUCCGCUGUGUUGUGGCAGAUGGGAAUUCCACCAGAAGUCCUGACAGCGAUGUCCUUCUCUGUGGAGAUUCUGGAGAAAACUGCACAGCUACUACCACCACACAAUCAAAGUGGAGAGGCCACUUCUCUCGGUGCCCCAAGCAAUACAAGCAUUAUUGCCUCAAAGGGAGAUGUCGGUUCCUGGUGGCAGAGCAGACGCCCUCUUGUGUCUGUGAAGAAGGCUAUGCUGGGGCAAGAUGUGAGAGAGUUGACUUGUUUUACCUGAGAGAAGAUAGAGGGCAAGUUGUGGUGAUUUGCUUGAUCGCAGUUAUGGUGGUUUUUAUCAUUCUGGUGGUUGGUGUCUGCAUAUGCUGCCAUCCUCUUCAGAAACGUCGUAAAAGAAGAAAGAAAGAAGAAGAAAUGGAAGCCCUGGGUAAAGAUAUAACUCCAACAAAUGAAAAUAUUCAAGAGACUAGUAUUGCUUAAUGAAUAUGAAAAUAUCUCCAGACUGUUGGGAAGCUGAAAACUUCCUUGCCUUACGCUUUUCGAAAUGGACAGAAGGUGUCUCAGGAAAACAACUAAAAUGAACUGUAAAAUAUGUGUUUACUUUUUG